AGUUGGACAAGAAGUAUCCAUAUGUUCACUAUGAUUCGGUACAGCAUAACACGAUGCGCUAAGAUGGCAAAUCUAAACGAGUUGAAAUUGAUAUGGAAAAACGCGGAUGCAGUCACGUUUGAUGUAGAUUCAACUGUGAUACAAGAAGAAGGAAUUGACGAACUUGCAAAGUUUUGUAAAAAAGAAAACGAUGUUGUUGCUUUAACAAAUAAAGCGAUGCAAGGAGAUAUGUCAUAUCAACAAUCUUUGAUAGAAAGAUUAAAAAUCAUACAACCAAGCUUUAUGCAGAUAAAGGAAUUUUUAACUUCUCGCACACUAAAACUUUCACCUGGAAUUAAAACUUUAAUAACAGCAUUACAAAAUCGUAGAAAGCAAGUAUUUUUAAUAUCUGGUGGAUUUUAUUCUUUAAUUGCACCAGUUGCCACAUCUCUUGAUAUUCCAUUAGAAAAUUGUUUUACAAAUAAGCUUAAAUUCUAUUAUACAGGAGAAUAUGCAGGAUUUGACGAAGAUCAACCUACAGCAGUGAAUGGUGGGAAAGUAAAAGUAAUUAAGUAUCUUAAAAAUGAAAAGAAAUUUAAAACUAUUGUUCACAUUGGAGAUGGAGCAACAGAUUUAGAAACAAUUUCAGUAGUAGAUUUAUUUAUAGGAUAUGGAGGAAAUGUAGUCAGAGAAAGUGUUAAACAGCAAUCACUAUGGUAUAUUACUCAUUUUAAUGAACUUGUCAGUAUUUUGUAA